AUGAUCGUCUCGACACUGUCCAGUUCGUUGUCCCUCCCGCCCUCACCCGCCACUUUCUCCGAGAUCAACUCGGCGCUCCAAUGCUUCCAUUCCUUCCUCCUCGCCUCGCAAUUCACUCACACCGACCUCGACGUACUAUACCCUCUCAUCCUCCCUCAUCUCCAUCACCCAUCGACCCGAAACAACGCCAUCACCCAAAUCGAAGAACUGAUCGAUCGCUCCUCGGGCACCUCGUCCUCCGUUGGCAUCAGUCGGUACAUGUCCCGCAUCAAGACCCAACACCUCUUGACCGAAUGGGCAUGUUCAACAAGCGUAAUCAACACGAUUCAAAAAGCGUUAGUCGACCAAGAUACCGCCCUAGCCUACGCGGAAGAAGAUGAUUUUUUCUCCAUCCUUCGACUACUCUCUACUUUGGGAGAACACUUCAUCGGCUUCCUCUUCUCCCCACUUCCUCCAGCAUCCAACAUACCCGCUUUGACGCUACAAUCGCCCGAGGUUCAAACGUUCUUCCAUCUUCUGAUCACCAUCACUUUAUACCCCGGUCAUUCGAUGGAGGUGCACAAGAUCAACGAAUUGACCGAAGGGUGUUGGAUGGCAUUACAAGAGGAAGCCAGCGAUGUAGGGUUGGUAUUUGGAGAGGGAGAGGGAAGGGAAGGGAGAAGAGGGAGGGAGGCGGAUUGGGAAGUCGUCAGUGGCGUGUUUAGAGCGCUCUUGGACGGCUUGAGAGGGAGAGCCAGGAGGGACGACCAGGAGCUUUAUCAAGGCUGGGCCAAAGGUCGGUCUCUCAUUUCUGCCCCGAACCGACCCCGAACCGAUGAUCGUAAUCGUGGCUAACUUAACUCUAAGGUGGUAUGAAAAUCCACAGAUGCCAAGGAAGACUUCAGGACCUACCGCUCGACAAACCUUAGUGAAGUCGCUCGAUACACCUACUACACACUCCGGGAAGAGAUGUUGGACCAACUCGUCGAAUUGUCAAGAUCACAAAUUACACUUGCGCCGACCUCAGCAGACGGGUUCGAAGACCUCGAAGCGAGCUUAUUCCUUCUUUAUACUAUACAGGAGGAUGUCUCAAUCGAGACUUCCUCCCCUGCGUUGAGCAAGCUCUUCGAUCCUGGUUUCAUCGCCGCACUGCCAACGACGAAUCAUCCGACCCUACAAAGGACGGCUUUGCGUCUCAUCGGGGCCUACGCUUCAUGGUUCUCCUCCUCCCCUUCCACCGACUCCGACUCGGGUAAUCGAAAGGCAGCCCUCUUGGCAGCAGUCAGCUUCAUCGUAGGCUGUUUGCAAGAACCUCAACAAGGUGUGACGAGUUGGGCAGCCAGGAGUUUGAGGUUGUUGUGCGAUCAGAACCGUCAUGAAUUUAGGGACCAUGUCGCAAGUUUCGUGGCAGUUUUGGGACGGUUGGAGGGGAGGAUUGAGGUAAGCUUCUGCCUUCUGAUGGAGAUCAAGCUUGGGAGUGGAAACUGAUCGGAAGGGUUUGGCUUGCACAGGAUGUCGAGUUGAGCAAAGUGUUGGAAAGCGUCGCGAGUGUGAUCCAGGCUCUACCGGAGGAACAAAUUGUGGAGCCCUUGUUGGUGCGUUUGGCUUGCCAUAAAAUCAAUCAGAUGCAUUAUCAGAGCUGAUUGUGAUCUCUUGAACCCACAGGGCCUUGCGACACCCAUAAUUCGCAAACUCCGGGAAUCUGUGUCCGGUGCUACUUCGACUGCGGAUUCUCGUGAAGUGAUCGUUCAACAAUUCAACUACCUCACUUCAUGCGCCAAAGGGCUCUCGGAUCCCGAAGACGAUCUUCUCGAACUCAAUUCGUCCUUUGAUGAUAACCAACAACGCCAUAGAGACGCCUCCUCGCGACUCCUGUCCGACCCUCGCAUUGCAGCGUUGCGGCAAGAGCUUUCACAAGCGAUCGAAGCGAGUUGCGUCCUCCUGGCCCAUGAUGCUGAAGUCGUACAAGCAUUGUCCGACUAUAUCCGAGCGACAACAACGGACUCGAUCGUCGGUCCGUUAACAUUGGAUCCGUUCAAUCUGCUCAGGUUGACUUCGAGGGCUUUAUCAACUUCCAUCUCGAGCGUCUGGGUCUCGGUCCAGACGAGUCUCCUAGCUCGAUUGGCACGGACCAAAUCGGAUGCACAACUUACAGAAGAGGAUCUCGUCAACCUCUCCAAGCCGAUCGAAACCUCCCUCACAACAACCCUGACCCACCUAUCCACCCCAAGCGCAAUGAGCGAGAACCCGGACCUCGUCUCCGCCUUUCUCUCCUUCAACGCAUCCCUAAUCCGGCACUUUCCCCGCAUCUUCCUCCUCCUCCCACAACACCUCUCCACCCUCCUCCAAUUCUCCAUCCUAGGCUUGUCCCUCCAAGAACGCUUCUCCCUCAAAGCGACUCUCGAAGUGCUCAUUUCGAUCGUGCAACAAACUCGAAUGGCUUCGAGUUCGUCGGACUUGUUCGCUCAAAUUUUGGAAGGCCACUUGAGGGAUUUGAUCAAGGGUUUGAUCGAGUCUAUUGCGGGUAAAGUCCCGCGUUCGCAUCUCGCUUCCCUUUCGGAGGUCUACCAUGCCCUUCUUCUACGUUAUGGAGGUCAAACGCAGACCAUUCUGCGCGAGCUCUUUACCCAAGAUUCGAACUGGCCGUCUCCAAGGGCGGAAGCGAGUGUGAAGGAGAAGUUUGAGAAGGCCUCCAAGGCAGCGAGGACGGGCAAACAGGUUAGAACAGUGGUGAAUGAGUUCGCGUUGGUUUGUAGGGGUCUGGAUGGGACCGUUUACGGAGUGGAGAGUAGGGAUUGCUUCUAG